AUGCGACGCUCAAGAGACACCUACUGGAACGAGCAGUCGGGUUUGUAUGUCCCACCCGACAUGAAUGUUGAUAAGGUAGCUCGGUCGCCCGUCCUAAUGGAAUUACGCCGCGAUCUGGUCCCAGCAAAUGGCCCUGAUGGACUCUACGGCAUUUGCAUUUUAAUAUUUCGCGUUCUGGAUGACACUCACUUACCUCCGGCGGAAGAAUGUCGAAGGUAUCACAACUCCAGACAAUCCGUCCUCGGUGACAUAACCGAGUUUUACCAUUCGUCUGUGCAACAUCGUCAGACGACUGAGUUUGAACAACAGAAGCGGAAUACACAUAGGAAAGUUUACUUCAGUCGCUUGCUGUCAUCCAUGUCCCCAUCUCGACUGGAGCCAACCUUAUAAGCCAAUUUCGGUACUAGUUCAAGCCCAUCAAGUAUACUGUCGAAAUACUUGUUGCUUUAUUCAUAAAGCGGUGUUCAUCUACUGACUACCAUGCUUAUUCAGACCACACCCGAGGUAUAGGAUAUAAAAUUUUAACACCUUGUUUCCUCCUUCGAAAAUGUCCUGGAUUUCACCUGCAAUUUACCUAUGCCCAAACCAUCCUUGGAAUGAAAUCUUCGCAAGGAUGUCGCAUAUGGUCUAUCGUGGAACAACGUUUCUCCCAGCUUCCUACUUUCGAGACCAAAGUGGAUGAGAAUGGUCUUUACAAUUUGCCUUCUGGUCGUGGCACGCACAUAUAACGUUCUGCACCUCCUAUUAAGC